CGUGGUAUUAAUAAGAGGAAACUCAGGAAAGACACAAAAGGUAACAAAGCUGAUCUUCAAAGUUCAAACUUCAAAGAGAGAGAGAGAGAUGGAGGAAGGGAAGGGAGUGGUGAAGCACAUGGUGCUGGCCAAGUUCAAAGAUGGAAUCUCAGAGAACCAGAUAGAGGAAUACAUCAAGGGCUAUGCCAACCUCGUCAACAUCAUUGAACCCAUGAAGUCUCUCCACUGGGGCAAGGAUAUCAGCAUUGAAAACCUGCAUCAUGGUUUCACUCAUGUCUUUGAAUCUACAUUUGAGACUAAAGAGGGUCUUGCAGAGUAUAUAGCUCAUCCUGUUCAUGUUGAAUUUGCAAACGUGUUCCUUUCCAGCUUGGAUAAAGUCCUUGUGGUUGACUUCAAACCUACUACUGUUGAUAUCUGAAUCAAAAGAGCAGUGACAAUCAUCUUAGAUCCAUCUAUGCUGCCUCUUAUUGGAACUUUACUAUGCAUAAGGUUUAAAAAUCAGGUCUUAUCUCAUUGAAUGUGGUGAAGUGUCUUUCUUUUUGUUUUAUCUUUGUUAUGUCAAGUUAGAUUAAAGAUUGUUCCCAAAAAUUAAUAAAUUUAUGGAAACCUAUGCAUAUUUCUCAAUUA